GACCGUGGCCGAGCAGAGCAGAUGUGCGUCGACGGGAAUUUAUUAGUGGUGCUGCUGCUGGUGGUCGCCCCACCGCUGUCAGUGCUGGUGCCGGUGUGGUCCACACCGGUGCUGGUGGUCCCCAGGAGAGCCGUCGGCAGGGAUCAGCAGUCGGCGGAAGAGAUAGCUCCACUCAUCGGGUACGCCAUCGGGCGCCGUCCGGACACCGCAGAAUCCGGCUCCGAGGAGCUACUGGUGUUCCGCGUCCACGAUGGCGAUGCUGCCGCCGCCACCGCCGAACAGGACUGCGGAACACCCGCGAGACCAAAACGCCGAACUCCCUUUGAUGGCUCCGGCCACAUUGAUGCAACUCUGUCGUCGUUCGCAGGUCCCACCGUCUGGGAGUGGCUGAAAUCGCACCACGACAAGCCCGAGGACAACUGCCUGCUGAUGGCGAUCGGUGGCGUCGCAAGCGGUGGCGCCCUGACCGGGGCCUUCGUUGGCGCCGGAAUCGGGAGCAUCUUCACCGGACCCGGGGCCAUCGUGGGCGGAAUCGUCGGCGGGCUGGUCGGAGUGUUCGGGGGGCUCAGUGUGGGCACGAGGGCCGGUGCGGUGGCUUGUGACAGUUCCGUGUGACGGUGCCGGUGCUGGCGCAAUAAAAAGGACUGUAAACCAUUGUUCACAUUUGACAAACCGAAC